AUGGCAUCAAAUCGAUGGCGUCGAGAAUCAGAGAUUCUUGUACUUUCAUAUCUCAACCUCAACAUCGAUGCAUUCCGAAAUGAAGCCACUCGUCAAGAAUCCAUACAAGCUGCAGCCGCGCAUUUGACGGAGAAGAUGGAGAUGGAAUACGACGCUGGUCACAUAUCAAAGAAAUUGGGUCGGCUUUGGAACAGGUACGGACCUUUGGAGAGCGAGACUAUGAACAUAUUGAUAAGGGAGGAUAAGAAAAAAGCUGGGCUACUCGAAGAAGUUGGGGCAAGAGCCAGAGCGAUUAGAUCCGCUAGAAAGCAGGUCACGCCCAAUGCCGUGUUUAAUUCAAGCAAGAGCUAA